UAGAACAAAAUUCCUUUCAUGCAGCAUUAUAUUUGUGGUGACUGCGUUGUAGUAACAUUUAAGAUAUUCAAUUUUUCAACGUCAAAAGCAAGAUUCUGACAAGGGCCCAACUAUGGGCAUCUGGUCAGUAACAUCGUUUUUCCUGUUCGCCAUCUUCUCUGGGAUACCGGGGAAUGAGGGUAAAUUUAUCAACUUCAAAAACGGUUAUGAGUAUGUUUACCGGUACGAGGGUCACUCUACAAUCAAAGAUUUGGGGAAAUUCAUCGUUAAAGCGAAGGUGAGUUACACCAACAUUCGGACCGUGACUGAUGACCAGGAAUUGCUGCUAAAGGUGUACACCAUCAAUGUCACCCCUGAACAGAAUACAGAUGUGAAAGGAAUGGACAACGAUUUUUCAAAAUGGUUUUCAUUUGUGAUAUCUUCUCGGGGAGUGGUGAAUCAUGUUUUUCAUCCAAGAGGAGAAGAUGAAGAAGUGGUGGCCAUCAAGAAAGGUCUUGCAUCUAUUUUUGCAGCAAAAUUACAUCAAGAAGGAGAGGUUCCAGGCACAAAAGGAAGUGAUGGCUUUACUUACCAUGUGUCUGAACUUGGAGGUGAAGGAGAGCAUAAUAGUACGUAUACUGUGUCAUCAACAAAAGAGGGUCUAGAAUUUAAAAAGACCAGACUUAACCACCCAGUAAAAAAUGCGAAGGCAUCCUUUCAGAAGACAAUGCUUUACCAUGACUACCUUGGGACUAUUCACAGUGUUCUUAUAGAAGAGGAUUUCACAUCUCCCAAGGCACCUAAGGGAUUCAAUCCAUUACAUGGCAUGAGAAAAGUGAAAGCUGUGAAUGAAUUUAGCACUACAGAGUAUCCUGACAUGUCUUACACCAGUCAAGGUAAAAUGACCUUUCUAACAAGACAUGUAGACAAAAAAGAAUGGAUGAAACCGGCUGAGCAGUUGAUGAAAGCGCCUAUUCACAUUGGCAAUGUGAGGCAUGUUCCUAAGAACAUCAAUUUGACAGAAAGCCGACAACGCAUUGCCACUAAUCUUACGUGUAUAGAAAAUCAGCCAGAUCAGGGUUCUCCAGCCACUGCAAUGUGUUUUCAAAACAUCGUAAAUCAACUCAAGGAACUACCAGAUGGUGAAGUUGAAAGAAUAGCACAGUUUUACUUCAGUCUUUUACAGCCGACGACUGAUAAGUACAUGAAAGCUAAAGAAAAUAUGGUUGAUGCAUAUGGAGCAAUGGAUACAGAAUUGUCUGAGAGACUGCUGGCUGAAAAGAUUAUGUUAAGUCCUUCACCUGACGCCAAUCUUGUCAAAAGGAUUUUAACACAUGUUGCAAUCAAUGACAAAUCCCCAUCAGAGAUAAUGCUGACAACAUUAGAAGAUGCAGUAUUUCACCGAAACAAAUUUCCUGCUGAAUUUUAUGCCAGAGAUACUCACAGUCGAUGUAUGCUGGCACUUGGGGCAGUCAGUCACAAGCUGAUGAAAGAAGGAAAAGCAGAAAAAGCCAGAGAUAUUGUGAAUAAAAUACAUUCAAUGCUAGGGUUACAUGAUCCAUGGGCAUAUAGACAAAAAAGAGCUACAAUGACAAGGAAAGAGGAAGAGGAAUAUGACCAUCAUAAAGUGAUUUUACUAGAGACUCUUGGGAAUGCCAGGCUGGAUGAAUCUUAUGACUACAUUCUGUCUCACAUCAACAGCACAAACUCACCAUGGAUAAAAAGGGCGGGGUGUCACGCUCUUCGAAAAUACGACCACGAACAUGCUGCAGACACCUUGCUGUAUUCAGCUCUGUAUGAUGAGGACCAGUCUGUAAGAUAUGAAGCCUCUCUUCUCUACAUGGCACACCCAAAAGGGAAGAUGAUUGCCCCUAUGAAUGUUAGGGAAACAACUGAGUUUGACAACUCUACAUUCAUGGAGGACCCAUAUGAUAAUGGUUUGGAUGUAAUAGAUUUAGCAUCUAGCCACCAAAGAUCUCGAAGAAGUGUUUGGGAUGGACUUAAAUUCAAACUUGAAGCUCCAAGUGUUGACUGGAGAAAGCACAUAGGGUCCUCAGCUCUUGGAGCAUCUUUUGGAGUUAUUAUGUUGAAUCUCCUGGAUUUGGCAAUUGCGCCAACUCAAGGACACCUGAAGGUCCGAGUACAUGAUGAAGCUUAUGCCAGAGUCCAUGUUGGGAUACUUGGGUUUAAUUAUGAUUUUUUUCUUGCAAGAGUUUGCUUUAAAGGCAGUACUGAGUACAAGAUCAAUAUUCUACAGGGUAACGAAAUGAAAAAAAUCAUUCAAAUGGCAGCAAAUUUUUCCAAAAAGUUGAAAGAAAUUGUAAAUGGAAUUAAAACAGGAGUUCAACUGUUCAAGGAUUUUAUCUCUGGCAGACUCAGUCUUAAAAAGAUAGUUGAUGAUAUCGUUCUGGCUGUUACGACUAUCCCUGAUAAAGUAUCAAACUUGGUGAAGAAAUCAUCAGAGGCUUUGGCAAAAAUAGGCCUGUAUGAUCCAGAAGAUUUGCCCCCUGAGUUUCAACCAGCCAUUAACUUUGUCCAUAAAGUCUCCAAACUGUUCGGUGACAUUAAAGCUGACGUAAUGGGGUUUAUAAAUGCUAUUGAGCAAGCUAUCAAAAUUGUAAUACCGCAUCAAGCCAAAGUUAUCUAUGAGAGCAUAAAAGAUAUUAUAAACGGGUUUUCUAAGAUUUUGAAGAAUCCAAAAGCAGCUUUAACCAAUAUUGGGAAAGGAGUUUUCAGUAUUUAUAAGUCCAUCAAGCUUGUAAUUGAACAAAAGAAGAAAAUACAAGAAGCAUGUUUUUUCUUACGAGAUGAGAAACCCUAUUGGUUUAAUGUCAGUAAUUUGUUGGCUGAGUACCAGCCUUUGGCAGAGGAAGCUUUCAACAGUUUGAAAAAGGCUGGAAAUGAAUGGGUCAACGAGAAAGUAGAAGAUGCAGAGGACAUUGUUAAAAAGUUCACAAAAGGCAGAAUUACACUGAAUGAUCUCCGACAAGAAGCAGUACAAUCACUGGAAACUGUCCAGGCACUCUUGAUGGAUCCCUUCAAUGAUAUUUUAGGACUAGCAGAUAACUUUGUGAAGCGAUAUUCCAAUUUGUUUGGACUGAUUCAAAAGAUCAAAGAUGCCUAUACUAUUUUAAAAGAGGGAUAUGAUACAGCAAGGGGAAUCAUUGAUUCUAUCUUUGGACCAAAAGCCCACAAAGACUUUCCUAACAAUCGUCGAUUAAAAGGAGAUGGAUGUGACAGUGGCUUUUAUCCCUCAUCCCUAGGAGGGGGGCGCAGUGAAUACAGACAUACAGGACUCGAUCUGCUUGCUGCCAGAGGAGACCAGCUUGUUGCUCCGUUUGCUGGUUCUAUAACUGUGGAUCCUACAGACUCACACACCGUUAUCAUUGGUUCUGAAGGAGGUUCCUUGAGAGGAAUCACAGUAUACAUAACCAACAUUGAACCCAAUUCCAUAUUUGACACAGAGGAAGGCAGAUCAGUAGCUGCAGGCCAGCCAAUAGGUACAGUCACUGGGUCUGACUGUGAUAACCAUAUCCAUCUAGCCAUGCAGAAAGAUGGUGGAAGUUACAUCGAUCCCACCAAAUAUGUUGAAUCAAUCUAUCCAAAAGUAUCUAAAUGGAAGCAAGUCUGUGAUGACUAUAAACUUGUGUACAAGGCUGAAACUUUGGCAGCAGGUGUUAUUGUUGGUUUGAUGGGAGAAAAUGAGGUAAAUAAAGACCCUACCCUAACUAACACAGCACAGGCAGACCCAAUAGAAGAUUUUCAAGAUAACAGUGGUGAUCCUGAUUUUACUGUGUCAAUAAAAAGUAGUUCAGAUGGCUUGUUCCAGAAAGUCCAGUCUAGUAUUGGGAGUGCUUUGGAUUUUGACACAGAUGAUAGCCAGUGUACUGCCAUUAUGGGUACAUCUCCAGCAGUCGCCAAACGGUCACUUGUUACAGCAGCUAAAGGAAUGUUUUCACAGCUAUUGAAGACUGCAGAUAAAUUUUUAGAGAAAUUUAAUAUAAGACGUCUGAAGUUCGGAACAAUAAUGGAAUUUCUAGAUAGAUUUAACAUGCAAACCAGCAAGGAUGCCAUGGCAAGAGUAAUGAGGGGAAUAAAGGACAUUAUCGACAAUACCACAUGUAGAAAUCCCUAUGAGAUGACAGAGGACCAGCUAGUGAAUGAACUGACAGAGAGAGGGAAAGACUCCAAGGGAUCUAGAGAACAGCUGGUGGAAAGACUCGUAAAGUCAGACAAAUCUUGCCCUCUACUGUCCUUCACCAUGCCAAAGAAUGUCUACUGCACCUUUGACAGCAUGUGUUUAGGACUGGAAUGCUGCAUCAACCUUAAAUUUGCACUGUAUAUGAAAGUCUUCAAAGUGUGGGCCCGUUUUGAUCCCUGUGCCACACCUCAAAUGCUGUUCACCCUUGGACUUGAUUCAUACACUUACACUAUUGAGAUACCAGCCAACAUUGAUUUUGAUGGUUAUGAAGGAGAAUUGAAAUCAGGAAAUAAACUGGAUAUUCUUGGAGGAUUAGAUUUCACUAUUAGGUACAGCAUAUUCAAGGACCAGAAUGUAACCCUGGCUACCUUUGGGAUGGGUCUGUGUAGCUUUGAUGACACAGAUAACUGUUUGGUGUUUGUCAACUUGCUGGACAAAGCUGUGUUACCUGUACCCACUUGUAUGGCAGAUGGAACACUUGUAUGGCCAAAAGUGGAUUUCAAGAGUUUAUUUUCGAAAGAAGCUCUGUAUAGAAAGAUUAAAGAACAAGGAAAAUCUGUAAUCAAGCAAGUCACAUCACAGCUGAUUGAUGAAUUCCCAAAGUUGUUAAAAAUUGCAAAGGACAUGCUAAAUGAAGAUAUUCCAUUGCCAAAGCCAGAAAAGAUGACUUUAGGACAAAUUACGUCUGAGUUAGAACUAAGAGGUCUAUCCACAACAGGUUCGAGAUCAGAGCUCAAUGGACGCCUCACACAGGAUGAUCUCACAUGUGCCAACUUUACCUUGGGAAAACUACAAGGGAGCCUAUCAGACAUAUUGUAUUACAAGCUACAGAAGGACUGCUUGAGGAUAGAUGUGUGGGCAGACAUUAAUGUUAAAAUACUGGGAUAUGACUUCAGCAAAACACUGUCAGCAUUCAUAGAGUUGGAUCCCUGCAGUUUUAUACUGCAAAUAGGAUUUGAAAAAUACAUAUGGACCAAAGUUUUAUUGAAUUACGAUUGGGGCACAGAUGAAAUGGCAGAAAUAAGUUCAAAUGUGAAAAUAAUGUACAACAUAGAUAGAGAUGUUGAUGAGGGGGUGUUCAUCCUGAAGUUUGGACCAGUCAUCUGUUUGUCUCCCCCUGGAGACUGCCUUCUAGAUGGCUACCUUCUUACUGAUAUAAAGAUCCCUAUUCCUCUUUGCAGAGACUUUGUUUUCCCAGGUGAUGGUUCAUUUGCUGACCUUUUGGAGAAAAUAGGAGGAAAGAUGACUGAAGAAGCUUUUGAACUUGUUCUAAAAAAGCUUGAUUUGCAUGAUGUAAUAACAUCAGGAUCUUGCCCUAUUAUACCCCCUACUCCAGAUGACUGUCCAGCUGAGUUUGAUGUACAGAAGAACCUCCCAGCAGCUGUAAGAGACAUGGUGAAAUGUGAACAGCCCGCUAACUGUUGGGGAAUCGACUGCUGUCUACAACUGACCUUCAACAUACCGCUAGGAGACAGUAAAAUCACAAAGAACAUCCCAUUCUGGUUCAAACUGGACCCCUGUGACUUCUUCCUUGACAUUGGUUUUGGGAAGAAAACACUUCUGAAGACUCAUCUGUUGGAAUAUGAAUUUGGAAAACAACAUACUUUGUCUCUUGGAUCAGGAAACCCAUCCCCAGUGCAAAUUAAUUAUAGAGUUGACCAAAUGGAGGGAAACAAAGGCUUCAUUGUGGAUGUGAAGAUACUGCUCUGCUUUGACUUUGAUGGGCAUUUGACCUGUAUUCCAACAAAUGAUGGACUUCAUUUGCUGAAAAAUCAAGAAAUUCCUCUAUGUGAUAAAAACUUUUCCUUUGAUUUCAACAAUUUUUCACUGAGUGAGUGGAUGAGGGAGAAGGCAUUGGAUCUGAAUGAACAACUCGCGGAGGGAGCAGUCAUGCUUCUCCUGGACCAGCUCAAUCUGACAGAUUUUUUCCAGCGACCUAAAUGUGACAGAACCAGAGCACCAUACAUUCCAUCUAUUCAAGGAAUACAUAAUGAGUGUCCCAAGACAAUUGCAUUCCUACCCUCACAGAUCCCAGACCCAAUGUCUUGUCACAUCCCGGACUACUGUACAGGUAUCGAGUGCUGUGCAGACAUCCCUGUUCUGAGUCUUGGUCUCCAUGUGUCCGUCUUUCUGGAUCUGGACAACCUGGAGCUCCAGAUUGGAUUGGAAACAAUAACGGAAACUAUCAAACUCAAUGACUAUGUUUGGGGAGAUGUCAAAACCAUUGCUGUGGCUGCAGGUCUCAUUAAACUAGGGUUAAGUGUGAAGCCAAUAACCAAUGAGAAUGUGUAUGUGUUCAAUGUACAUGCAUCUGUUUGUCUGAAUGGAGGGGACUGCUCCAUUGACAUCCCUAUCCUCAGGAAUACAAGGUUACCAACAAUCAGAGCCAUUAUCGCAGGGGAGAGCAAGAACUUUUCACUUGCUGAUUGGCUGCAAGACAUGGAAAUCCCCUCAAUAAAUGAUUUGAAAGACAACGCUAAAACAUUGCUGCUUCAACAGCUGGGCAUUGAUCAGUUUCUAUCGGACACACCAUGUGAAGCAGGGGGAGAACUGUACUCUCCAAGUCUUCAGGGAUGGAAAAACCAAUGUCCAUUGGAUUGGGUUGUUUUACCAGAAAUCACAUCCGACAAAGUGAGGUGUGGGCUGUCCUCUAACUGUACAAGGAUAGACUGCUGUGUGGACUUCAGCCUCCUGAACCUCAAGCUUCAUUUCUUCCUUCACUUUGACAGGUGUAACUAUGUCAUCUCUGGAGGAAUAGAAAAGAAAAAAUUUAGCUAUGGACUGCUAGAUUUUAAUGAAUUCUGGGGUGAAGAAGUUUCAGUGAAUGUUGCAAAUGUUAUAUUCAUCAAGUUUAAAGCAACUCAGUUGGAAGUAUCCAAGAAGUAUGUUUUAGACAUGGGUGUUUCCGUAUGUCUAGAACCGAAUCAGUGUGAUCUAAAUGUUCCAAUUCUGAAUCAAGUACUUAUCCCCAUCCUUAACUGUGACCUUACAAUGGAUUUUAAUAUCCAAGGAUUUUCUCUCUCCAACUGGAUGAGUGAGCAAGGCCUGUCAUUUGAUGGUAGUUUGUCCACAGCGCUGGCUGCUGCUCUGUUCAAGAAGCUAGGCAUUGAUUCCUUUCUAAAGGACCCAGCAUGUGACAGGACGGAGUCACCAUACAGUGUAAACAAAAUCCUACAGAGUGGAUGGUCCUCAGAAUGUCCAGCUAACCUUGCAUUACCAAAAAUAAGGGGAACGACUGCCUGUCAUAUAAAGAACACGUGUACGGCCAUUAGGUGCUGUGUGGAGGUAGGGAGGGUGAGCAGGACGUUUGAGGUGGAGCUUGAUAUAGACUUCUGUAACCAGAAACUGACUUUUGGAGUAGAGAAACUCACAGAAACAAUAUCGCUGCAAGGAUUUGAAUAUGGUAAAAGGAAAGAAGUUGUUAUUAUGGGUGUCAUCAAGCUCUGGUACACCAUAUGGGACAACAAAGGAGAAGGUGUGUAUGUAGUGACAGUGGAUCUCGCUGUCUGCUUUGAAGAUGGAGGGGACUGCAUAAUCAACACAAAUGUCCUAGAUCAGGCUAAGCUCUCUAAGCAGUCUUGUGUGUGGGGAACGUCAUUCCUGAAUCCAGAUUUCUCUCUUGAACAGUUUAUGAGAGACAGCGCACUCUCUGCCUAUGAUCAGAUAAAGGGCCUUGCUCUAGACAAACUAAAAGAGGCCCUGGGUCUUCCUACAUUCUUAGAUGAUCCACCAUGUUCAAUGACGGCUCCUGGUUACACCCCCAAUGUCAACGGCAUUAAAAAGGUGUGUCCCAAAGACCUUUCCCAGCCGGGCUCUUCUCUGCCAUCCCUGCCAAGCAACAUGGUGUGUCAGAUCACAGAGUCCUGUACUGGCAUUGACUGUUGCAUCCGAGCUGAUCCCAUCAACCAUAACUUCCACGCUUAUCUUGAUAUAGACCCAUGUAACUUCAAAAUCAAGUUUGGUAUUGACAAGUUCCAGUUUGAAGUCUACAUGCAAGACUUUGAGUUCGGAAUUGAAAAAGAUGUUAGAUUGGUCAACGUUGUACGCAUCAAGUUCCAGAUUUGGGAUUUAUCAGCUGAGAAUCAGUAUGUUGUAAACCUUAGAUUCAGUGUUUGUUUUGAUUUACACUCCUCUUGUUUCAUGGAUAAAGUCAUCUUUCAUGAGAAGCGCCUACCUAAGAAUGUGUGUGAAUUUGCAUCAGCUGCUCAAAUACCAAACUUUUCCUUGGAGGAUUGGAAAGCUUCUCUUGACAUCUCCAUGGACACACUACUUCCCACCCUCAGUGAUCAGCUGAUGGAGCACCUAGGUAUAGCCGGUUACUUGUCGAGGCCACAGUGUAGUCUAGCUAAUGGAACCACCAAUGGAUGGAUCGAUGAAUGCCCAAAAUCAGAGCUGUACAAGAAACCAAGCUUGGCUGGAUUACCAUUGACAUGUUCCAUAAGCUCUAAGUGUACAGAGAUCCACUGCUGUCUACAAGUGAGACCGAUAGGAAGGAACUUUGAAGUUUACAUUGACCUUGAUCCAUGUAACAAAACAUUGGUUGUUGGCAUAGAGCAAUACAGAACCAAAGUCAAUCUUCUUACGUACACAUUUGGAACAAAGGAAAGAUUUUGGCUACAAGAAGUGAUAAAAAUUGAGUACAGCAUUGAAGAUCUCAUGGGAGAUGCUAAGUACAUGGUUAACAUGAAAGUGGAAGUCUGUUUGGAAAAAGACAAACCCUGUAUUCUCUCACACGAUAUAGUAAAAGAUCUCUAUCUUCCUAAGAUUGGUUGUGACUGGUCUCUUGAUUUUUCAAAGUUUUCAAUCGGUGAUUGGUACAAGAACAUGUCUAUUCCUGUUGGAACUCUGUUGCUAGCCACCCAACUUUCAAUCCUUAAGGAAGCUCUGGGAAUCACCAAUUUCCUGCUGCCUAAGGACCAACAGUGUAGCAGGAUGUCCUCUGAUUACAAGCCUGAGACCUCUGGACAACUCGGAUGGAAGAUAGACUGUCCCCUAGCAAUGGAGACCAUGAAACAGGUUCCCAGUGGCAUACCUCUGAGUUGUCACAUCAAGGACCACUGUACAGCAAUAGAGUGCUGCCUGGAUCUCCAGAGUCCCCUCCAACAAACAAUCCACUUCUUCAUGGACCUGGACCUCUGUCUUCAAACUCUGAAACUGGGAAUAGAAAACCUGACAUUUGAGACCACGCUCCUGUCAUACGCCUACGGCACCCAAGAGUAUUUCAGAUUAGCAGAUGUCGUGCAAAUAAUAUACCAGAUUGAUGAUGUAAAUAAGACUUCUCUUGAAAUAACUCUAAGAGUCAAGAUCUGUCUUGAGGAGAACUCCUGUGUAUAUGAUGCAUUGUUAAUGGACAAGAGGAGGAUUCCUAAGCCAGGAUGUAGCUGGGAUUUUGCUUACACCAUUCCAGAUUUCUCAUUGAAAAACUGGUACGAAGACAUUGGAGCCAGUAUCAACUCCACACUGUCUAAGCUUAGUGCAGCUAAACUGUUAGAGGAGCUAGGCAUCUCUAAAUACACACAGGACCCACAAUGUCAGAGAUCAGGCCCUGUGUACAGUCCACAUGUUAACGGUUGGAAAUCAGACUGUCAGAUGGAUGUGUUGACCAGCCCAAUCUCAGACUCCGUGACAUGCUUGAUCAAAGACACCUGCACUGCUGUCAGCUGUUGUAUGGACAUUGACUUCUUACAGAGAUCUUUUGAAAGCUUCAUCACAAUAGAUGCUUGUAAUCACUGGAUCCAUGUUGGAAUUGAGAAAUUGUCCUUCAACAUCUCCUUUGAUGAUCUCUCCUUUGGGACAGAAAACAAAUUUUACUUGAACAGUGUGGUUCGUUUAGAUUAUAAGGUAGAAGACUUGGAAACAGAGAGACAGUUCCGAGUGUCUGCAACCUUGAAAGCCUGUUUUGAGGCGUUGGAUGAUAAGUGCCUUGUUGACCUAGCUAUCUUCAAAAACACUCUGUUGCCCAAGAGGAUAUGCGACUGGACUGAGGGAUUUUCAACUGCUAAUUUCAGUUUGUCACAAUGGUACCAGGACCUCUCACUGACACAAGGAUCAAUUCUCUCACAGUUCAACAGAGACAACCUUUUAGAUCAUCUGGGUAUUAGGUCUUAUCUGAACAAAGUACCAUGUUCCUUUACCUCAAGUACAUACAGUCCAGCUAACAGUCACGGGUGGAAAAAUGACUGCAAGAACAACCUGGAUUCUAGCCUACCUGCACUACCCUCCUCAGUCAGGUGUUCCAUACCUGACUACUGUACAGGUGUGACCUGUUGUGUGGCAGAGAACUCUGUUCUAAGGCACCAUUUUACAGUGGGAGUUCGGCUGGAUGAUUGCAACCACAUCCUGACAUUUGAAGUAGAGAAGCUCAAAAUUAAAAUUGCCCUAAAUGGUUACAACUUUGGUAUGACAGAAAAGAGAUACCUGAUGAGUGUUUUGCAGUUUGAGUUCAAAAUUGAUGACAUACCACAUGAAAAGCAUUACAAAAUCUCAGCCAGCUUGAAGGUGUGUUAUGGUAUUGGUCCUUGUGCUUUGGACACACUUGCAUUGAUUCAAGACUUCAAGCUGCCUAAAACAUUGUGUGAAUGGGGAACUGGCUUCAUAUCAGAAUUUUCCCUUGAAUCAUGGCUGUCGGACAAAGGACUAGACAUAAAGACUGCUCUCUCUUCUUUGGAUGCCUCCUCGCUUUUAUCUUCUCUGGGAGUUUCAGAGUUCUUGAAAGAUCCACAAUGUUCAAGAACUUCGGCAAGCUAUCAAACAAGCAGCAAUGGAUGGAAAAAUGACUGUCCAAGCACCCCUGUCCUGCCACCUCUACCCGGUUCAGUGUCCUGUCAUAUCCCAGACAGCUGUACCAGCAUUGACUGCUGUGCUGAGGUAGCCUUCCUCGGGGGUCGCUCCAUUAAUGUCCAAGUUCUCAUGGAUCCUUGUGAAGCCAUCAUGAGUCUAAACAUUGAGAGAAUGCAAUACAACAUCACUCUGUUUGACUAUGACUUUGGAACAACUGACCAUUUCACACUGCAAGGAGCCCUCCGCAUUGAUUUCAGCAUCCAGAAUCUGGUAAUGGACAGGAAAUACCUAUUAAACAUGAACCUGAGUGUUUGUAUGGAGACAUCUGAUCUCUCUGAUUGUGUUUAUUCCAUUGUGAUUUUCUACAACACAAUAUUACCAAAACAGCUUUGCAGCAUGGAAAUGCCCUAUUUAAACCCCAGUUUUGACCUCUCCUCAUGGAAGACCACUCUUGGAUUUGGCUCCCUGUUGACACAUGAACAGACUAAGUUGUUACUGAGAGAGCUUGGAGUGGAAGAGUAUGUAGGAGUCGGCUGUUCUAGGAACUCUGUACCAUACUUCCCACAGACACAGGCUGGGUGGAAUAUACCAACAGCAUGCAAAGUAAGACCCCCAGUAUUGACCAGCAACAGCAUCAGUUGUCACAUCAACGCUUCCUGCACAGGUAUCAGCUGUUGUUUUGAUGAUGACAUCACAGGAUUGACCUACCAGAUAUCAGUCACUAUGGACUCUUGUGGAGAAACAUUGAUAAUUACACUGGAGAAAAUGAAGUUUGAGAUUUCUUUGUUUGAUUAUCCAAUGGGAACUAAGAGCACUGCUCAACUGUUUGGAAUUCUACAAUUGGAGUACAUGAUUGAUGACUUGCAUCUUCGUGGGGAAAUUGUCAUAGACCUCAAAGCAAGACUAUGUUAUUCGAAAUCAAAGGCUUGUGAGCGUGAAAUAGCAAUUCUAGAAGAAUUCAGACUUCCUAAACCGCUGUGCAACUUUACUGAAGGAAGUUUUGCUAUUCCAGAUUUUUCACUGAGCAAAUGGAUGACUGACAUUGGAGAUUUGGGGGAAAAGGAUGUGCUGGAACAGUGGGCGAUUGAUUUGCUCAAAUCUCAGCUUAAGUUGUCAAAUUACAUGCUGGACCCAAUGUGUCAAAGAACACAGUACAAUGCAGGAGAUGGAAAUUGGGACUUGGCAGCUUGUCCGGAUCUGGAUUCAGUUCUGCCCUUACCGAGUCAUACAUCAUGUGCUCUCUCUGCCUCUUGUUCUGGUGUCACGUGUUGCACAGACAUUGCUCUACUGGCAACUUCUGUACAGACGGAAGUCAGUGUGGAGAGAUGCAGGGGAAAAGUUUAUAUCCGCCUAGAAAAACUGGAAAUUGUCAUCAUGCUCAAUGAUUUUGAAUAUUCUUCAUGGCAGACAUACACAAUACAGAAUGUGUUUAGAUUGGAAUACAAGAUAGACUACAUCUCUGCUGAGUCAGCUUUCAUGUUUAACAUAAAGUUCAGUGCUUGCUUUGAAUCGAAAGGAGACUGUAUGCUGAAUAUUCCAAUUCUGAAAGAUAUGAAAAUACCAAUUCUUGCCUGUAAUUUCAGUCUGCAACAAUUUGCCAUUCCAGAUUUCAGUCUCAAUGAUUACCUCAUCAGCAAAGGGAUUCCUACAUCCAUCAGUUCCAUGUCCAGUGUAUUGGCAGACCAGCUACUGGAUCAUCUCGGUGUCAGCAAGUUUUUCAGUGACACUCCAUGCAAUAGAUCAUCGUUUGCUGGGACCCUCUCAGGCUUUGAAAUCGAGUCCUCGUGUUCACAAGAUGUUUCUUCCUACAUCCAAACUCUACCAGCUAAUACCAACUGCAGGAUCUCCUCUGGAUGCAUGGCCAUACAGUGUUGUACAGACCUAGCCCUGAUUGGACGGACACUGAACUACUCAGUCAAUAUUGACGCUUGUGAUCACUCCCUAUCAUUACAAAUAGAAACUUUCCAAUUCCAACUCUCUCUAGUUGAUUUCAAUUUUGGAGAUGAACAGGAAUUUGGCAUUGACCAAAUCUUUUCAAUAAGGUACAAGAUCAGAGACCUGAGUGGUCAGGGACAAUACUUGGUUGACCUGAAGCUAAGUGUGUGCUUCAGUGACGGGGCACCUUGUCAGAUGGAGGUCAUCAUUGUCAGCAACUACUUGGUGACCAAACCAGCAUGUGCCUGGUUCAACGGAUACAAGAUAGCUGAUUUUUCUUACUCCAGUUGGUUAUCUAUGAACAACUUCAAUCCAACUGACAUUUUGUCGUACGGCAGCAUGUCAAAACUUAUUGGAACACUUGGUCUACAAAAAUAUAUGAAGAAGGAAGCCUGCAGUACAAAGGAAGGACUCUACAAGAAUCCAUAUCAAGGAUGGACUUCAGCAUGCAUGACAGACAAAGAUAUAACAAAACCUGAGCUGGACUCGAGCAUUGCUACAUGUCACCUACAGAAGUCUUGUACAGGAGCACAGUGUUGUGUCAGCAUCCCCUAUACAGGCAUAUCAGUGGAGGCAUUUAUAGAAAUCAGCCCCUGUGAUCAUCAGCUCCGAGUAGGGAUAGAAAACCUUCAGUUCAACAGAAGCCUGUAUGGUUAUAAGUUUGGAGAAAGGGAAAAGUUUGACCUUUUUGGGGUGGUUGUUGUUGAUUUCCAGAUAGUAGAUAUGGGUUAUGCUGGAGUAGAUGGGAUGUAUUUGGUAAAUCUGAACAUCAGUGUCUGUCUAGAGUCGGGGCAACCAUGUAGUACAGUGAUUCCAGUGUUUGUCAACAGUCUACUGCCAAAAGAAGCUUGUGAUAGAGGUCUAGACUUUAUCAACAAAGCAUUCUCCCUGGCCAACUGGGAAUCUAUCUAUGGUAUAGCUUCUGGUGUCACAUUAAAAGUGCCUGAAGUGAAACAACUAUUACAGGACCUUGGUGUAUCACAUCUACUGUCAGAUGGUGAUAAACGAUGUGAUUGGUCAAAAACACCAUAUAACUCAGUCAACAGUCUAGGAUGGGCAGAUGACUGUGACAGGGCAACAGAAAAACUGCCUUCACUGGGUCCAAGCACCAGGUGUGCAGUCUCUACUUCCUGUAGUGAGAUCAGAUGCUGUAUUCACUCUGACAUCCUGGGAGAAAAUCUGGAGGCGUACAUUGACCUCGAUGCCUGCAACACCAAGGUUUCAGUAGGGAUAGAGAAAUACCACUGGACUGACAAACUCCUAGGAUACAAAUUUGGAGAUACCAGACAUGUGUCAUUGAUGGGCAUGGUCAAUUUGGAUUAUAUCAUAACAGACUUGGAGACAUCCUUUGGAGUUAGUUUGAACCUGAGUGUUUGUUUUGAGGCUAAUGGAGCAUGUGAAAAAGUCAUCCAGGUCUUCAAUGAACACAAACUCCACAAACCGUUCUGUAACUGGACAUCAGACUUUGCUAUCAAAGAUUUUUCAUUGAAUGAUUGGAUGGAAACCAAUGGGUAUCCUUUGUUGGCUGUGCUUCCUCUUUAUGCAGCUUCACAGCUGUUGCAUGACCUUGAUAUAAUUCAGUACCUGGGAGAGUUGAGCUGCAACAGAAAAUCUGUACCCUUCUACCCCAGCAAACUCGGGUGGAAUAAUGGCUGUGACCAGUACGUAUCUCUGGGUGGUGUCCCUGCUGGUACCACCUGUCACCUGUAUGACUUCUGUACGGGGGUCAGGUGCUGCUCAGAUAUCCCCCUGCUGGACAGGUCCAUCAACACCUGGCUGAUACUGGACCACUGUAACUACAAACUCAGUGUUGGGUUCGAAAAGCUCUCCAUUAAUGUUAGUCUCCAUGAUUAUGAAAUGGGAAAGCAAGAAGACGUCAAUGUCAAUGGAGUCAUCAGGAUUCAAUACAGUAUGGAGGACUUAACAACAGAACAGAAAUACCUUGUGAACUUGAAUAUUCAGAUAUGCCUUGAGGCAAAUAAACCUUGCUUGAUUGAUGUCCCUGUGUUUAAGAACACCAAACUUCCCAAAAAGCCUUGUGAAUGGAGAACAGAGUUUCUUAAUGAUGCCUUUUCACUUGAUGCUUGGAAACAAACUAGGGGAAUACUCACUUCAGGACUGUCAGAAAAUUUCCAGGCAGAGCUUUUUCAGGAGCUUGGUUUGUCCCACUUUGUGUAUGAAGACAGUCAGAAAUGUAGUGGUAGCAAACCACCAUAUAAAGGAGCUGUGGAUAACUGGAACAAUGAUUGCAAUGGGACAUUUCGAGCACCCCUUCCAUCUCUGGCUGGUAAGGCUGUCACCUGUCACAUCUCCAGUUCCUGCGCUGCUCUACAAUGCUGUGUACAGGUCCCCAUCAUCAGCACCACAUUCUCCACCAAGCUGGAGGUGGACCCCUGUAACUUCCAGAUGACUGUGGAGAUAGAUCAGCUCAAAUUCACCAAGAACCUGUUUGAUUACGAGUGGGGAAAAGAAGAACAAGUCUGGCUCUUUGGUGUUGUCAGAAUUAUAUUCAGUGUGUUUGACUUAUACACUGAAGGAUUUUUCAUAGUAAAUCUAAAGCUUGAGGUAUGUCUGGAAGCUGCUAAAGUACCUUUGUGUGAAGCUGCAAUUCAGCCCCUUAAAGAUUUCUAUCUACCCAAGAAAGUAUGCCAGUGGAAUGCACCUUUUAGUGUUGAAGGAUUUUCACUUGCUGCAUGGCAGAUCGCAGAAGGUGUUGCCAACACAAUGCCUAUAGACAGCAGUGUGGUGGAUAACCUCCUCUCUGAUCUGAAUGUUGCUGCCCUUGUUUCCUCUCCACCCUGCUCAUGGACUGACAAUGACUAUUCAAAUGCUGGUACAAACUUGCAGAAAUACUGUCCUCAGUCAGUCCGGACCUCUCUGUCCUCUAUAACGGACCGGGCCCUAUGUACUGUAUCCUCCUCCUGUACCAACAUCAAGUGUUGUGUCGACAUUCCUCUGCUGAACAGGACGUUUGAAGUAGGAAUGGAGCUCGACUACUCCUACAUGUCCCUCAGAGUGUAUGUAGAGAAAAUGACCAGACGACAGUCCCUGAUUGGUUAUCAGUUUGGACAGGAGGAAACCCUGAGUGUUCAUGGAGUCUUUAAAUUAAGUUACAAGUUAAACAAUUUGGAUGAUGGAAAUCUUUUGGAUGUCAGUUUGAGAGCAGAAGCUUGCUUUGAUGAUGGUGGACCAUGUUCAGUUAAUCUUCCGAUUCUUACCUAUGUAAUGAUUCCAAAGUGGAACAAGGAAUGGUCUUCACAGUUUACAGUCAAAGACUUUUCACUGAGUCAAUGGAAAAUUGAAAAAUCAGUUACUGGAGUGUUAGAACAUUAUCAGAUAAGUGAAUUGUUGGAGUUGCUCAGCUUACAACCUUACAUGAAAUCCUCACCCUGCAGCAGACAAAGGGCAACGUAUAGCAAUGCUGGCUCCAAUGGUUGGAAGAAUGACUGUACAAAUGUGAACUCCUUGCUGCCUCUUGAGCUGUAUCCACUCACCUGUAACCUUGACCACACCUGUACCAAGGUCUCCUGCUGUGUUGACUCACCUGUCAUUGACUCUGCCUUUGAGGUUGUGAUGGACGUUGACCCCUGUAACCGAAUGUUGUAUCUCGAGAUAGAAAACUUAAAGACUCAGAUUCCCUUCAAAGAUAUCAAAUGGGACUCCAAGAACCAAUUCUAUCUCUUCAAUGUGAUUCGACUUGAGUACACCAUUUAUGACCUGUACACUCAGAACUCCUUCUUGAUUGAUUUACAACUCUCAAUCUGUUGGGAAACUUACCAGGACUGUGUGAUGACAGCAGCCAUUUUACAGAACUCAUUCCUACCAAAAAGACAUUGCGUAGGAGACCUUGGUUUUGAAGAACCAUCAUUUUCACUGACCUCCUAUGUGACCUCACAUGGUUUAGACUUCAACCAUCUCUCAGAAAUUGAUUUGGCAUACCUAUAUGAUAAACUGGGUGUAUCUACCUACUUAUCACCUGCAACAUGUAACAGAUCAAGUGAACAUUACCAACCUGCAACUGGCGGGUGGAAGAAUGAGUGUCCUGCUUCUGAUAUGCUUCCUUCGUUACCCAAUUCUGUAAACUGUCACCUGACCUCAAGCUGUACCAGCAUUUUGUGCUGUAUGGAGGUCACAAGGCUGAUGUCCCGCCCAGUGACCUUUCAACUCUCUUUGGACAGCUGUAGUUGGACCAUCAGCUAUGGAAUAGACAGUUUUGUUAUUGAACCAACUGUUAUGUACAACUUUGAAUUUGAUGUGUGGCAUGAAUUCUGGAUGAAAGGAAUUUUUAGAAUAAAAUACCUGGUCACCAAUCUAAAUGGAGUAGAACAAUUUCGUGUCAGUCUGCACAUUAUGGCUUGCUUUGAGAGUGGAUCCUCAUGUGAUCAGGAAAUAGUUCUAAUGAACAAUACACUUUUGCCAAAAACUUUAUGUAAUUUGACCCUGGGAACACCAGUAAAAGAUUUUUCAUUAAGUCAAUGGAAAGCUGAGAAAAUGAUUUCAAGCAUGGAUAGAUACAGUGUUGCUAUACUAGAGGAGGAAUUAGGACUGUUUGGUUAUUUAUACCCUGGUAAUGAAACCUGUGAUAAAACUGGCAAGUUUUCUGCCUCAUCAGGUUGGACAAAUAAUUGCCCUGUGACAUUAGCCUCGUCUUUGCCCUAUAUCAAUGGUCCAUUUUCCUGUAUUCUGGGGGACACCUGUUCUGACAUUACCUGCUGUCUAAAUGUUGAGCCACUCUCUACAUACUUAACUAUCAGAGUUAGUCUAGAAUACUGUCAGGACAAAAUCACCAUCUCAGUGGACAAGUUUCAAGCCAAAAUGAAAGUCAGCAAAAUCAUUGCCUCAGAACAAGAGGAGAUGUUGAAUAUUGGUGACAUUUACCAACUAAAACUAUCUAUUGAGGACCUCCCAGACUCCAACCAAUAUAUGGUCAGUGUCUCCAUUGCAUCAUGUUGGGAAGGAGCCCAGUCCUGUUUAGUGUAUACCAUUCUCUCCAAUACCAGGCUGCCUAAGUCGUUGAAAAAACCAUACUGUAACUGGAAGGGAGAGAAUGAAGACCCAGACUUUUCACUGACCACCUGGUUAUCAUCCACUGGACACCCAGACACCACACCUCUGACAGGUGUGGCCUUACAGGAUCUCAUGGAGCAUCUACAGCUCAGCAGAUUCAAGGCAGACAACUGUGAUCAGACAUCAGCUCCAUAUGUACCCACGGACAGUAAUGGAUGGAACAGCACCUGUGCUAGUCUCCCGGACUUGUUACCACUUCCUGGAACUGUUGCUUGUCAUCUGUCCAGUUCCUGUACAGCAUUGGACUGUUGUGUGUCCAGCAGUAAGCUAGGACAGAGCUUCAGGGCACACUUAGACAUUGACUCCUGUACAUCCCGAAUCACUGUUGGUAUUGAUGACUGGACAUUUACUGAGCUCUCUGAGGAAACCAUCAAAAUGCUCAACACUGAAUUUCAAAGAAGUAUAUGGAUGAAGGGAAUUGUAAGAAUGGACUUGACAGUAAAGAAUUUGUGGCAUGACAGCAAAUAUCUAGUAAAUUUGAAGAUGAGUAUAUGCUUAGACAGCAGUAGUCCAUGUGAGAUGAGCAAUCUGACAAUCUUUCAAAACACAUUGCUCCCAAAGAAGAAAUGCAAUUUGAUUCAAACCUUACCAGAUGGAUUUUCUAUCCUGACUUGGAAGAUGAACCAUUCUCUUGGUCCCCAUGAAACAAUGUCAGACAUUAUGAAGGCCAGGCUUGAUGAACAUCUAGGUUUACCAGGUUACAGAAAACAAAGAAAGUGUAGCAGGAACAGUUCACCAUAUUGGCCAACUUAUAACGGAUGGAAAGAGGAGUGCAGGUUACCAGGCCUUCCAUACAACCUGGAAAAGAAGACAUACUGCCAGCUCCACACAAGCUGUACUUCCAUAACCUGCUGCACAGAGGACACAGAACUACAGACCACCAUCUCUUGGUUCAUUCAUGUUGACUCAUGUAAUCUCAAACUCAGUAUUGGAAUGGAGGAGUGGAAGGCAGAGUUCUCCCUGACUGACUUUAGAUUUGGUCAAAGUCAGAUUUUUCAACUUGCUGGAGUAUACAGAAUCAGCUAUACGUUGUUUGACCUUACUGUGGACUCCCACUACAUGCUGAGUGUUAACAUCAGUGUGUGCUAUGAACCAGAUCAGUGUAUUCUAACAGAGAGUGUACUCCAAGACAUGAUGCUUCCUAAACCACUCUGUGACUUCAAAACCACCACCUAUGACAUACCUGGUUUCUCACUGACAUCCUGGACAAGUGAAAGACAUUUGCAAGCAGCCUCCUUACCAGAGUAUGGUCUCAUUGAGUUGUAUGAAGAUCUGGGCCUGGGAAUGUUUGUCCAAGAAAAUUCCUGUAGUGGAAGCACAAACUUCAGUUCUCUGAUAAAUGGAUGGGCAAAGGACUGUCCCCUUACAAUUACAACAGAGGAACUACCCCCAGGGCUGGGCUGCUACAUCCCAUCCUCAUGUACUGCUGUGUACUGCUGCCUCAAUGCCACUGUUCCCUUUAGGAGAUCACUGUCGGCAUUUCUUGACAUUGAUCCAUGCAAUCAAAGAUUACUGAUUGGCAUCAAAAAUUUUGUUCACUCGAUCUCCCUGUAUGAUAUUGUGUUUGAUCAAGAAAACUUUUACUACCUAAAGAAUGCCAUCAGAAUGAGAUAUACAGUGUAUGACUUGACUGCAGAGAGACAGUUUCAGGUCACCCUACAUGUAGGCCUUUGUCUUGAAGCACACAGUCCAUGUAUAUUUGAGACCACUGUGUUCAAAAAUACAUUGCUUCCUAAGAAUGUAUGUAAGCUGUACUCAGGAUUUGCUCAUGCAAACUUCUCAUUGACUCAGUGGAAGGCAGAAAAGGGUCUUCUUAGUUUAUCAGAAGGAGACAGUCAUUUACUUCAAGAGGAGUUGAGAAUUUCUCAGUACCUAUGGACAUACAGCUGUUCUAGGGAGUCUGAUGACUAUAUCCCUCAUACCAACUACUGGAAAGAUGUUUGUGGGACAGUGCAAGGCAUCAGACAGUUCACAGCUUCAGACCAGGUCUCCUGCUACCUGGCCUCUAACUGUACAAUGCUCACCUGUUGUUUGUUUGAUCCUGUCUUGUCCAGAAAUGUACAGGUCAAGCUGAAUAUCGAUUCCUGUAGGUUCAACAUGCGAGUGGAGAUUGAAAAACUUCAUUUUGACAUUAGCUUGCUAGACCUUAAAUGGGGAGAAGAGAUAAAGGUGGAUAUGUAUGGAGUGUAUGUACUAAGUAUGGUGAUGGAAAAUUUCUACAAUGAUCACAAGUAUCUUCUGAGUCUGAACAUUAGCCAGUGUUAUGAAGCAGAUAGCUGUGCUGUCCAACAAGUAGUGCUUACAAACUCAAUCAUCCCUAAAGCUGUGUGUGAUUGGUCCAUGGAUUAUCACAUUAAGGAUUUCUCCCUGUUUACCUGGAAGCUGAAGAAAGGCCUUGACACAAGUAGCAGUGAAAUAGAAGAUCCAUACAUACUUCAGUUAAUGGAAGAGCUGGGCAUAGCAGCAUAUUCCAAAAACCCAAUGUGCACAAUAUCACCAAGCAACGCAGCAGGAAGAGUCAAUGGAUGGACAUCAGGGUGUGCAAUGAGCAUCAACAAACCUAGCCUGGACUCCAGUGUGAACUGUCACCUACUGUCUUCCUGUACUGGUGUAAGAUGCUGUGUCCACGCUUCACUGCUCAAGAGGAACUAUGAGAUCUACUUUAACAUUGACCACUGUACCAGCAGUCUCAGUCUACAGAUAGAUCAGGUGUACCACAACCAGACCCUGGCAGGGUUUAACUGGGGUGAAGAAUAUGACUUCAAGUUAUUAGGAGUGUACAGAAUUAGAUACAAGGUGUAUGAUCUGCCAGAGGAAGACAAGUAUCUUCUGACCCUGGAUGUAAUGGAUUGUUACGAAUCUACAAACCCUCAAUGUAGUCCAUCAGCAACAUUUAAUGUGUUCAACAAGGCAGUCAUUCCUAAGGCUCAGUGCUCCUGGGAUCAGAGUUACCGCAUCCAAAAUUUUUCACUGAAGUCCUGGCUUACCAGAAAUGAUCUCCAAAAUGCCACAGAACUGAUAACCAAUGACUACAAACGUACACAGAUGCUGGAUGAACUUGCAAUAUCCCAGUAUUUUGAUACAUCCAUGUGUAGCUUGACAAGUCUGACUGCCAACUCUGGAUGGACUUCUUCUUGCACCAAGACUGUCUCUAGACCAAGCAUCUCUGGAGGUCUGUGUCAAUUGUCAGAAGACUGUACAUCCUCCCAAUGCUGCUUUAAUGUGGACUUUAUCAGACACAACUUUAGAAUCUUCCUCAACAUAGACCCAUGUAGUAAAGCUCUGAAUGCAGGCAUAGAUAAACUAGAGAGGGAAAUAUCUUUGGUAGAUUAUCGGUUUGGAAAAGUUGAACAUCUUUGGCUUGGAGGAAUCGUCAGAUUAGAUUUUGCAAUUGAGGACUUUUAUGGAGAGAGACUAUACCUUGUGAACAUGAAUGCAAGUUUCUGCUUUGAGUCAAAUGAAGAUUGUUACAAGACGAUCACAGUGUAUAAAGAAACUCUUCUACCCAAAAAGAUCUGUCCCUGGGACCAGGACCAAGUGUUUUCCCUGAGUCAGUGGAAAAGAGAACACGAUAUUCAGUUUGGUGUUCCUUUGAGCACCUGGACCAAAGCUCUGCUGUUGGAACACCUGGACAUUGCACAAUACAAGGAGUCUACUGAAUGUCAAAGAGGAAGUGGACUCUACACAUCUUCCACUUAUAACUACAGAAACACAGGUUUUAAUCUGAAUGCCUCGCACACAUCACAAUUAUGUCAGAUGGCCUUGGACCUAGAGAACCAUCCACUGAGCCCUGACUCUGCCAGCAAGGUCACCUGCUACGUCCCCAGUCUGUGUACAGCUGUGGACUGUUGUGUAGACGUCCCUGACCUUGACAUGUCAUUCCAUGCUUACUUAUCCAUUGAUCCAUGUUGGUAUACUCUCGGAAUUGGAAUAGAUAAGUACAGCUUUACUGUGUCACUGGAUCAGAUGGAAUAUGGCCAGAAUGAAGUGUUUACUCUAGCUGGAAUAAUAAAAAUCAUAUACAAGAUAGAGGACCUUCCAGCAGAGAAGCUGUAUGUGGUGUCAGUGAUGCUUAGUGUUUGUACCGAGACCUCGGGAUGUGAAGCUAACCACAUGAUAUUCAACAAACUAAUGCUGCCUAAACAACCUUGUCAAUGGGAUGAAGGAUUUGUGAAUACAAACUUCUCUGGUUCAGCCUGGAUGACCAACAAUGGCUACAACACUCCACUAUCAGAGCACCAGUCUGCUGAACUGAUGAAGGAGCUGAGGGCUGCUUACUACUUACUGUCCGAUUCCUGUAACCCAGAAACUGGAGCUUACUCCUCCUCAGUUAAUGGUUGGAAGAAUGACUGUUCCAAGGAUGUAGAAUUGACCAACCUGACGGGUCAGGCAGUUGUGUGUCACAUGUCCUACCUGUGUAGUGAGGUACAGUGCUGUGUGAGAGCAGACAGCAUCAGAAGGACUUUCCAGGUGGAGCUCAGUGUGGAUCCCUGCUCAAAGAUUAUGCUCAUCAAACUGGAGAGGCUCACCAUCAAAGUCGACCUGCUGGACUUUCAAUUUGGAACCAUCCACCACUACAGCUUGGUUGGAUUCCUGAGAGCAGAAUUAAAGCUGCAAGAUUUAUUCUACCUAAAUGGAUAUAUGAUAGACCUUACCAUCAGUGUCUGCUUAGAGAGCACAGGGACAUGUAUGUUAGUUGAAACUGUGCUGGAUGGAACUGUAUUGCCAAAAACUGUUUGUGAUUGGUCGUCGGGACUACAAGGAUUCUCCUUACAAAAUUGGCUUAGCACAAAAGGUGAAAGGGAAGUGUCUGGCUUGCUGCCUGAGUAUGUCCAGUAUAUGUUGCUAGAGGACAGAGGUAUUUCUAAUAUGAUGAAGGAUGUCCCCUGUAGUAAAACACUUGUACCAUGGGAUAACUCUACUAACAUUGGAAUUGGAUGGAGUACAAAUUGUUCAUCGACGUCAUUGAUGCUACCAAACUUACCAUCUGACAUAUCUUGUUACAAUCAUGAUACCUGCACUGCAUUCACAUGUUGUAUGGAGAUUGUGAAGUUUAACAACAGACCAAUAGAAGUUUCUGUAAACUUUAAUGAAUGUGCCAACUUCCUAACAGUGACCAUAGAGAGGAUUUCAAAAACAGUUUACUUGCACGAUUUCUCCUAUGGAUCUGAAUAUAGAUUUUCCCUGAAGGGCAUUUUUGAGAUAAAAUACACAAUAACACAGAAUAUGGCUGCACAGAAGUAUGAGUUUCAAGUUACUUCAGCUGCCUGUUAUGAGUCCUUAAGUUGUGAUCAAGUUGUAACUAUUCUUAAUCAAACAUCAUUUGAUAUGAAAGACUGCACAUAUCAGGAAGGUUUCCUUAAAUCUGAUUUCUCCCUCACUACUUGGUUGGCGUCCCGAGCUAUUCCCAGUGUGGAUGACAUUACUGUGCCCCAGGCCAGUGAACUCCUGAUGGAGCUUGGACUGGACCACUUCCUGGAUACCACCGACAGGUGCUCCCUGUCUGACACGAUCUAUGGAGCAGCAGGAACUAAUGGAUGGAAUAAUGAGUGUGACCAUUUCCCAAACUACACUCUACCAACCCUCACCAACAAGGAACAGGUUCUGUGUCACCUCCCCUCUUCAUGUGACAGAGUUAGAUGCUGUGUUUACAUUGCUCCUGGAAAGAGACAUGCCCAGGUGGUACUUUCGAUGAAUACAUGCAGUUACCAGAUGGAGGCAGAGAUUGAUAACCUCAGGAUCACCCGUAGCUUGUUCACCUACGCUUGGGGUACAAUGGAAGAAAUAGGAAUUCAUGGAGUUUUAAGAUUUGGGUUCCAUGUAACAAAUGUGAUCACAGAGAAGAAUAUCAAAGUGGAUGGAGAUAUCAAACUUUGUUUUGAACAAAAUAUCUGUACACAGGUGCUAGGUUUCUUUGAUUUACCUGUAAGCUAUAAUGGAAAUUGUAGUGCAGCAGAUGGGAGACCAGCAUUUGAAGGCAUCAGUUUUGACUUCUGGAAACAGUCACAGUGUGGAACUUUCACUUUUGAUAUCAAUGCAUGCAAUGAUACACAGAUAGAGGGUAUUCCUACGGAGGCCCAGACACACUGUCGAUACCUCUCUGAUUGCAGUGGCUUAGAAUGCUGCUUUGAGAACCAGUUUAGUCUCGGUAGCAGAAGAAUUUACUUCAUGACAAGAAUGGACUGUAACAAUCUGGAGUUUCAAAUAGAGAAUAAAAAAGUGCAGAAGUCUUUGACAGCCCUCACUGAUAAUACAGUCUACAUGGAGAUUAUUGGAGAUCCAGUAACAUUUCAAGUCAACUACACCACAGUCAGGAAUCUUGCUAACCAUGCCCUUGAAGUGGCCUUGUCAAUAUCAGAAUCCAUGUCUGGAGCAGUGGUUUACAAUGUCAUGAAUUUAAAUGCUACCAGGGUAGCUACAUCAGGAUGUGUUCCUGGCAGAAGGAGGCGAAGGAGAAGAUCUAUUGACCUGUCAAAAUUACAUCCAGACAGAUUUUUAGAAAGCAUAAGGAUUCUCUUAAAGAACAAUGCACCGAGUGAAGAUUUUGAUGCAUUUUACCAACUAAUACUGAGUGAAAAUAAACUUGAAAAAGCCAUAAAUUUGGCUGCCACUCUGUUGUCCAACAAUGAUGUCACAACUGGAAUCAAAUCUCAAGUACAGGCUCUAGGGUCUGGUAACCCAUUCACCAUCAAAACUACAGAGGAGAGCUUCAGUUCAGUCACAGUUCAGGGAGCUUCUGCUAUUGCAAACACUUUGGGUUCCUCUGCUUCUAUACCUGGAAGAGAGCAUCAGACUUACAUAGUGGGAAGUGGAGUAACUGCACAAGGGGCACAGAACCUGGCCAAGAAGCUGGCAUGUAUGACAGUUGGUGACUUGGAUGCCUUACUACAGAUCAAAGACAUUGAUCCUGUAAAAGUGGCUCUUCUUCUGAAGGAAAUACAAGACUUGGCAAAAGCUCUGUAUUCUGAAUUCAUCAGCAAGUUGUUUACUGCGGGAGACAGUAUAUUUAAAAGUUUUGAUGUGGAACUCAAAGGCGAUUUCAGCUUUCCCAGACAACAAGGGACGCUCUUUGCAUUUUCUAAAACAUUCCCAGUGGGAGGAUUUUUAACAAUGAAUUUUGGUUUUGGAAUCAACUACUAUUUCGGUGUAAAGUUUACUGUUGGGGCAAAGAUAAUGGAGAUGAAAGCCAUUGUGGAGGUUGAGCCUUACGGAGGUUUGAUGGUCUGGGGAGAGCUGGGUAUAGGAUUUGCACUGUAUGGGAAGUUAAGACUGGUUGGAUACAUCAUGGACACUGGGUUCCCAGUAACAGCAGAGGUCACAUUUAAUAAAUUCCCACUAGAUGUUAGACUUAAAAUGUUCUUGAGACUUACUCCAAUAAAACUUAGACUGUAUGCACUGGUAACUCUUGAAAUUGACCUGCUGUUUGGUUCAAUAAAACUGACUUUGUUCAAAACAAAGCUAUGGCAAUAUCAAACUGCAACAAUAAGAAAACUGCUGAUAGAUAAUUCCAAGGCCGAAGAGGACACAUCACCUCCAAAACUCCAAAGCUUUGGUGGUACAACUGCUCCAGGAUCAUGUGGAGUUUUACAGGUGGCUGGACGGGAUCAUACAGAGCCAGAGUUUACAAUCAAUGUUUUAGCUGAGGAUGACAGAAGCAAUGUCAAUCUACACCUGGACAUUGGAACAGUGCCUGGGGGAUCCAAUGUCAUGUCCAAAAGACAGUUAGGGGGCUUUUCAACAGCAUUGAAUGAUGUCUUACAUCCAGCAGGUGUUCCUCUUUACUUCACGGUCCAUGUGUCCAAUGAAGCAGGUGUGAGUGUCCCCGCCACCUGUAAGCUGGACACCUUUGAUGUCACUAUACCAGGUGGGAGGAUGGCGGAAGCUUUUGUGUCCACCAGUAACCCCAAUGUGUUGAAGGCUGUAGUCACGGUGUAUGAAGACUCUCCCCUCAUACUGACCAUGGUGGCAGUGGGAUAUGGAAAGAGCAUUUGGGGAGAACAGAUCAUCAGAUGGAACACAACAACAGUAGCAGCCAAUACAGUGGAUUAUGACGUUGGUCAUGACCCUUUGAAUCUCAAGGUCAUGACUGUGUUCGCCUCUGGUAAAGCAGGAAGACUCGUUGGUAGAGGUAUCAGAGUAGGAGAGUUCCACAAGAUUACAACCAAGGAGGAAUGUGCUGCUAAGUGUAAUGGACUGCAUGCCACCAAAUGUCUAAGCUUUAACUAUGAUUUUGGAUCUUCUGGACACUGUGAGCUUCUGGAGGCUAUUGAAGGGCAUGACCACAAAAUAUCACACGAUGGGCAUUACAUGCAUUAUGAGAAACUAGGAGUCGGAUCCAACCAAGGAUUUGAGUACAACAAUCUACAGCUGCCUCAUGACCACAUCAUGUACUUCAAUUUCCGUAUUGUUAAUAGUAUGGGAUUUGAGAACAUACUGUCAUCCAAACCUAUACUCACCGAUUAUACCCCUCCAGAUCCUACAUCUUGGCAGAUAAACAUUACAAAAGACAGACUAGAGACAAUAGAUUGUCUUGAUGUGAUUCCUGAUGACAGAGAUGAUUGGGAAGAAAGAUUCUGUGAAGGAGUCAAUCCAAAGAUAAAGAACCACCGCAUUGUUACUGAUGGAGAGGGCUCAGAAACAGUCUAUAAUGGACACACUUAUAAGAACGACCUCAAGUACACUAGAGCCAACAGAUAUAUAUCUGCAAACUGGGAUGGGAUCUAUGACAAUGAGACAGGAAUCCUGGGAUACUCGGUCACAGCUGGGGAGUCCGUCUGUGAGGAGAAGAUCAAACAACACCACGACCCCCACGCCCACCUGUUUCAUCGGUCCCAGUGGACACACACUGUCAUGAUGACCCCUCUGGAGGAACCCUAUACUAUUUUACCAGAUGGCCCCUAUUACAUCACAGUGAGAGCUAUAAACAACAUACAGUAUGGAGGUGCACUCAGCACGAGCUUCUGUCAUUCCACACCAUACAUAGUGGAUAACAGCCCCCCUCUGGUCUAUGAAGUUUACAAUGUCCGCUAUGAUGAGGACAAGUUUAACCUCUCUCUAUCUCAUAAUUCAUCUGAUCCGAACUCUGGUGUGAUAAGAAACGAUCUUUGCUUGGGAAAGUCCACUAGAGACUGUGAUGAACUGAUGUGGGUUCCAAUGGAGUACAACCAAAACAUGACCUACUUAAAGAAAAUAACAGAGGGUGUUCCUAUCUGGGUGAAGGUCAAAGUUGUGAAUAAUGUGGAUUUGAGAACAAUUGGAAGAUGUGAUUCUCCCCUCAUUGUGGACAGAUCGCCCCCAGUUGCUGGAAUAGUGAAUGAUGGAGAGAUACAUGCUGUGGACCUGGAUUACACUAAAUAUGAAGACAAGAUUUGUAGCAACUGGCAGAGUUUCUAUGACCCUCAAUCAGGCAUUGCUAUGUACAUGGUGGGUGUUGGAUCCUCUCCCAAUCAGACCGAUGUCGCCAACUUGACUCGAUUUUCCAGUAAAUCUCAUGUGGCUUGUGUGGAGCUGAAGCCAGAUAAUUAUCUGUCACACAACCAGAAAUACUUCACCACUGUGUUUGCAUACAAUGGAGGUCACAAACAGCAGAAUGUGUCAGCAAUUUCAAAUGGAGUUUUGGUCGAUUUAACAAAACCAGUUCCAGGACAGGUGGUGGAUGGAAGUUCAGUCAAUUUCACAGACAUGAAGUACACCACUAGUCAAGCUAAAGUUGACCUACAAUGGAGAAACUUCUAUGAUCCCGAGUCCAACAUUAGUCAUUAUGAUGUCAAAGUGUAUAGGGCAGGAAACCUGAGUCAAGACUAUGAAGAAGUCCGAGACUGGACAAAGUUUGAUGCUUCAACCAGCAGUGUUAAAUGGUUGAAUUUCCACAAUCACCACAAGGACAGAAUUAAAACCUCCCUAAGAACCACAAACAGGGCUCUGAAUGAGAUUGUAAACACCACAGAUGGGUUUAUUGUUGACUUGACUCCUCCACAGUUACACUACUUGUGGGAUGGGGCUCUGGGCAAGGACAGAGAGUUCCAAUCAGAAACAAGUCAGCUUACAGCAUCAUUUAAGUACUCGGACAAGGAAUCUGGAGUAGACCAUAUCAAGCUUAAAAUCUUUGAAGUGUACCAUGGCUCUCGAACCCAAAAAUAUCCAGUGGUGCGUAAUGAAUGGAAAGACCUUACCAGUGGAGACAUGACCAGCUACACUUGGACAGGCCUGUCUCUGAGAAAUGGAGCACGAUACACCAUGAGAGUAGGCGCUAUCAACCAUGCUGGGUUCCUGGCUUCCUUUGAAACAAAUGGAGUUGUUAUCGACAUUACCCCACCAAUGGUUUUGUGGUUGAAAAUUGGAGUAAUUGGCGAUGCCAAGGAGCAACAGAUAGAUGGUCAUGUAUGGCAGGCAGAUAGGAAGGGUAUCCAGGCGUCCUGGCUGUGUAAGGACCCAGAGUCUGGAAUCACAGAGUAUGAAGUAGCAGUUGGAACCACUCCAGGAGGAACAGAUAAGCUGCUGUGGAAGUCAGUGGGAACAGAGAGCAGUCAAUACAUCAGUGGGCUGAAUCUAGAACUGACCAAUCAGACAACGAGAUCUCCUGUGUACUAUCUGUCAAUCAGAGCCAGGAAUGGGGCAGGAGUGGUCAACUCCUCCCCUAAAAUCUCAACACCUAUUAUUGUAGUGGAAGAGGACAAAGCCGGCAUUGUUGUGGAUGGUCCCAAUAAUGUGGACCGAACAGUAGUAGAGAAACAAGCAGUUAACGUCACCUCAGACAUCGACUACCAGCUGGGCUCCUCUACUGUGUCUGUCCAGUUCACUGGGUUUGAGAGUGCCCUCCACGGAGUGAUGCGUUUUGAAGUGGCUGUUGGGACACAGCCUAGUGGAGAUGAUGUGCUUCCUUUUACAUCAGCCAACAUUGUCCACAUGGAAGAAGAAGAUAUUGCUGGGCAUGGUUUAUCAAGUUCUGGUUUUGUCCAAAUGAACUUGCCUCUGGAAGCCAAUAAAACCUACUUUUCAACAAUUCGAGGAGUAACAAAUGGAGGUAACAUCUUGGAAACCAGUUCUGAUGGAUUCACUGUGGACCAAACACCUCCAGUGAUUGGAAUUGACAGAUUGGGAGACAAAUCAGCUACUGAGGUAGAUGUGUCUGAGGGGGUGUUGAUUUAUGAACAAACAGUGGAUGCAUUAUCAGCUAUGUGGCAUUACAAUGACACCGAGUCCCAGAUAGUCAGGGCUUGGUACUCUGUAGGAACCUAUCCAUACGGCCAGGACAUGGCCAGCAGAAAAGAAGUCACCAUGUCAUCAACACUGUCAAGCUUCCUUGCCAAUAAUGAAGUCACACCUGAUAUUACAGGUAAACCUAAUAUCAUCAGUGUGUGGGCAGAGAACUCUGUAGGACUGGUCAGCAAAUCAAGAACAGGGACUGUGGUCAUUGACAAGACAGCUCCAACGGCAGGCACAGUCAGUUGUCCAGCAUUCAUACAGGUCUCUGUUCCUGUCGUGUGUACAUGGACAGGAUUUUUAGACACAGAGUCACCAAUCAAGGAGUACAGAAUAAUGAUGGGCAAUUCUAAGGGAGACAACUCCCUGUUCUCUGGUGGUCUUGUGCCCGGCUACAUGCAAACCUUCACCAUUCAAGGAAUUGGACAAAAAAUGGAGCAUGGGGCCAAAUACUAUGUGACAGUAACAGCAGUCAACUCUGUAGACAUGACUGAGAAUGCUUUCUCUGAUGCCAUCGGGGUGGAUCUAACCCCACCACAGAAAGGAAUGGUGGUGGAUCUCGGCUCAGUGUACAGAAUUGAUGUUACCAGCAGUGACAACACUGUGGCUAUGAACGCAAAAAUCUGUCUCACAGAAGAUGAAUGCAAGUCCCUUGAUGCUGUGUGUACAGAGUCCUUGACCUCUCUUUCCUUGACCUGGAUUCCAUUCACUGACCCAGAAUCAGAUAUCACUGAGUAUCAGAUAGCUGUAGGAACAACACCAGGAGGGGGACAGGUCAAAGCUUUCUACAAAAUCCCUGUAGACAGUAAACAUCACACGGUCACUGGACUCAAUCUGGAUGGCUACAGACAGUUGUUUGUCUCAGUAAAGGGGAUCAAUGGAGCAGGAUUGAGCAGUGUCUCUACUUCUGAUGGAGUGUACAUAUCGUACCUGAGUCAAGGGAGACCACCCCUGUCUCCUAUUGGUGUCUUUGACAUGACUGAUGGAGAAGAUGUUGACAUAGAUUUCCAGACAGAUAUAAACACCAUACAGGCUGGGUGGGAUAUGUCAGGUGACCCCUGUCCAGCGGUCAAAUAUGAGUGGGCCAUCAGGAGAAUUGAUGGACUGGAGGUUUCCAGUUUCCUGGAUAUGGGAGUGAAAACAAGAGGACUGAAUGAUGGGUUAGUCAUGAAGAAUUUAGAAACCUACAUUAACUUGGUAAAAGUGACAAAUGCCAUAGGAUAUGAAUACACCAUGAGAUCCAAUGGUGUGACAGUACAGGAGACACCUAUUCUGCCAGGCAAGGUGUUUGAUGGAGACAUUGAUGGUUAUGAUCUGAAUUAUCAACCUACCAAAACUACAGUAUCAGCCAACUGGAAUGGAUUUGGGUUGCCAGCAGAUGCAAUAUCUCAAAUUGAGAUUGAAAGUGGUAAUCCAGGAAUACAUAUAGAUAAAGACAAACUUGAGGAACAAGAUGGCAGUCAGCAAGUGGCAUAUUAUCUGGUGGCACUGGGAACUGAUCGACGGUUCAACCACACCAGAGAUGAUGUGGUACCAUAUACUAAUGUUGGAACAAACACUUCAGUGACCUUUUAUGACCUUGACCUGACCCCAGGCAUUGCUGUUUAUUAUUUCUCAGUGUACGCCAUUAGUAAAUCAUUCUCCAGAACCCUAGUGACUUCUAAUGGUUUCUAUGUGGGAUAUGAUGGAGGAGUUAUAGCGGGAAACAUAUUAACACCUGGUCCAUGUGUGUCAAGAUCAUCAGUAUUAGAAGUACAGUAUGAGGGAUUCACCUCUAAACUUGGCAUUCUGAUGUACUACAUAGCCAUCUCAAAUCACACUGAAGCCAAUUCCACAAACUGUAAACAAUAUAUUGAUGGUGGUAGUUUACCAGAACAAGAGAGGAAAUCAUUGUUCUCUGUACUUGAUGUCACUAACAUGGGACAUGACACUUACACCAACAUAUCAGGCCUUCAGAUGGAACAGGGAAAAACUUACUAUGUUUGGGUCAUGGCUACGGACAAGUCCGGGGCCUGUGAAAUGACCUAUUCAGAGUUUUUGGUGGACAUCACCCCUCCUGAGGUUGGAGGACUAAAAACUGGGCCAUGGUAUGAUAUGAAUAUCGCUUAUACUACCGACAACAGUAGCAUAAAUGCAACCUGGGAGGGAUUCAAAGACCUGGAGUCUGGAAUUUCUAAGUUUGAGGUAUCCCUAUGGAAGAACAAAACCUGCCAGAAAAACAGUGAGACAGUCUUAGUCACUGAUUGGAUAACACUCAGUAGCAACUACUCCUUCUACCAGUUGGUGGACCAACAACUAGAGAGAAAUGUGCCCUACUUUGUGAAGCUGCGAGUGACUAACUGUGCUGGACUGUCAGUGGUGAAAGAGUCUCCUCCAGUAUUUGUUGACUGUGCUCUCCCAACUCCUGGGGUAGUCAAGAAUGGAAUUGAUUUCCAGAGUGAUGGACUGUGGUUUCAUGACCCAACCUCUGUCCAAGGAACUUUCCUUCAUUUUGCCAACCCUAAUUUCCUGCAACACACCUGUCCUGAUCAGGAAAUAUCAAUGAGAGACAACAGUGAAUGGAGACAGCUGAAUAAGCUUGGAAUGCUGGACCCUGAUGGAGAAGCCUGGAGGAUAAAGUAUGAGGACAAGUAUGUCAUUCCAGCCCCUGUCGAGGACAAAGUGGACCUUAAACUGGUUCUCACCAAAGAUUCUACCAACAGAGACAUCAUGGGAGCUGGUGCUAUCUACAGAAGAGCUGAACUCUAUAAUGGUGGCACCUACAAGUUCCGACUACAAGCUGCUGAUCAGGAUGGGGAGGCAGUGACAGAGAUCUUGUUCUGGGACGGUCCAGAGGAAGGCAUUGCCACAUACAAGUAUCAGCCAGAGACUGAGUUUGUCAACUGUGACUGUUGCUAUGUAGAUCCCAUACCCCAGUGGUGCUCCGGCUGCAACUGUACAAGCUACUUGAUGAACCAAGGUUAUUAUCUGAAUGAGACAUUCACCACCACCCCUGUCCCUACCACCACUACCCCGGAAAAUGUAACCUUCCCUCCGUAUAAUGUAGUGGACAAACAAGGAUCAAGUGUUAUAGACAAACCUGAUUUAACAGCCAACACCGCACAGGAUUCUUGUGGAGUUCAAAUCUAUUCAGCAAACUUGAAAACGAACACAAGUGCAAACAUUGUGUCCUGGUGCAGAUAUUUCAAUGAUACGAGCAGAAUGCGAAGCUUGGUUAAUGAGAUCGACAUCAAUCCAAGUGAUGGUUUUCACAAUUAUAAAGUUGAAUUUGCUGUCAAAAAUGAGGAGGCUACCUCUACUGUAAUUUGCAUGAUGGUGUACAUGGAUGACAACUUCCUGAAUGAGAUCUGUGAUGUCCCUCAUCUGUCAACUGAAGCUCUACUGUUCAUACAUGUGUUCAAACGCUUGAACCAGUUACCAGAACACUCAGACAAGUUCAGUGUGUGGUCUGCUAGAGCCUCAGUGUCUUCUCUUGUAAUGCCACCCCCUGUAGGAACUCUGUGUAGAUCUGGUCAGCAGUUUGUCAGUUUAACAAACCCCAUUAUGAAGUAUGAAGCAGGUGUGGGAACAACAUCAAUGGCUGAUGAUGCUGCAGAGUUUAGAGAGAUUGACCGUACCUGUAUCCCCUGUACAGACGAAUGUUCUAGAUACGGUUGUGAUAAAUCCUGUGGAAUUGCAGAAACUGUACUGAAAACCUUCACCCUCUCAAAUCUUACCUUACCAUCGAAGAAAAUGACAACAAAUGACACUGGUCAUGAAAUACAACAAAUUGUGACCUACUAUCUCACAGUGAGAGGUGUGACAGGAUCGGGAGACACAGCUGUAGCUUCCUCCAAUGGAUUCUACAUCGACGAUUCACCUCCUGUGUUCGACCCAGAAGUCAUGAGUGCAUUCUUUUACUAUGAUGUGGGACAAGGGGAAAGUACUCCUGUCAAGUUUCAGAAAUCAAACGACACAAUUAAGUGUAUCUGGAAAUGUGAUGAUAAAGAAAGUGAUAUUGUGGAAAACUUUUGGGCCAUUGGUACAUCUCCGGGAGCAACAGAUAUUCAAAAUUUCACUUCUACAGGUCAGAGUACUGCAGGAAUCAACAACAGAUUGGAGGGAAUUUUAGAACACGACCAAACAUACUAUGCCAGCUUCAUUUGUUCUAAUGGUGCAGGACUGAAUACAACAUACAUAGACACUGGAGGAGUGAUUGUGAAGCUGAUUCCACCAGAUGUAGACUCUGUGAACAACACAAUACCUGGCACCUCUCACUUCACAGAAGAAGUCUUCCCCAAAGAUUCCCUACAACAACAAGAUCCUAACUCAGUUGGCUUCACCUUCACGAAAUCAGAAGACCCUUCUGUCAACAGAUAUGAUCUCUGUGUUGGAUCGGAAGAGGAAACAGAUGACAUUAUACCUUGUACCUGGGUGGGUUACAAUAUGUCUGGCUCUGCUGAAAUCAAAGAUGGAGCUCUCUGGAUAAAUGGAGUACAGGUCAGAAAACUAUCGGACUUGAAACCCUAUCAGGAUUACACCAACACCAAUAACUCUGCUUCCAAUGGUUUUACCAUGCCGGUGGGCCAGCAGAUGUUUGUGACCAUGCGACUGUGUAACAAGGCAAUGCUGUGUACUAACAAAAGCCUGGGGGUAGUGGUCAUCACCAACAGUGAUUCUGUGGUGGCUACCUCAACCAAUGGAAGUGCCAUUGAAGAAAAGCUCUCAAUUACAAGCAGGAAAAGAGCAGUAGCAGAACUGGAUAUCCAGACACCAAGUGGUUUAGCUGCUGGACAGGCUAUUGUUGUCACCAAACUAAGUGAGUCUGAUCUCGCUAAAGACUACCACUCAGAUGCCUCCAUAGAUUUUGUGUCGUACAUACAGAAUCCAGCGACAUCUAGAGACAUGGCGGAGAGACUUCUGUAUAAAAGGAUUUAUGGACAUAGCUUUGCCUUUUCCAUUGUCCCUCUUGGCAAUGUGCCAAUGCCAGGCCCUGUCGUCAUUACAUAUCCUGACAGUGUGGGCCACAUAACCACAGGCAACAGAACCAUGUUGCUUCAUUGGAAUCCAGUGAUGCAGUACUGGGAGAUCUCCAGCAGAACUUGUAAACACCUCCCUCCAGAGGAACAGGAAGUCUACGACCCUGUCAGACAAACCAUGUCUGUCAAGGUGUGCAAUACUCACACAGACAACAAGGUUGAUACAAAAACAAGGAGGAGAAGGGCAGUAACUCUGACAGAUUAUUAUGAGAAGGAGACAAUGUUCAUUCUGUCCUUGACAAGUGCCUCCAUUUACAACUCUGCUCCAGUACUGGAUAGUCAAACUCAAGUCAACAUUAUGGAAGACUCGGGAACCUUGCACUAUCAGCUCUCAGCAGUAGAUGAAGAAGGAGACCACAUAGUUUUCUCUCUAUUAAACCAAACAGAAAGGGGAGAGGUCUCCCUUACAAGUGAUGGAUUUUUGGUGUAUACUCCAUGUCUUGACUGCUUUGGAGACGAAGAAAUCAACAUCCUGCUGAAAGAGAACCAGACCAGCACAGAUAUUCCACCAGCCAGUUCCCACGUAACCAUCAACAUCCACAUCCAACCAAUCAACGACCCUCCUGUUGUCUUCUUAACGCUGAAUGGCUCAUCACUGUUAAACAAGGAUCCCACUGAGGAUGUCAUUGUGUUACUAGAAGCAAUCAACGAUUUCAACUCCAAUGACAGCAGGCUAUGGAGAGCCAGGAUUGGAGCUUUUGAUGUUGAACAGAGUGACACAUUGAAACUUGUACUGGCCAAUACCAUUGAUUUUAAUAUAUCUGUGAUGGAAGAAAGCAGACAAGUGCCACAACUCUUUAAAGACUGCAAUAGUUCUGAUGGGAUGAGGCCCACCAUGAUGCCAUGUUCAGACAACUUCACACAGAACCUUCCCCAUCCUGCACCAGAAUUGUCCUGGUUAACCUACAUCAUUGAAUUCACACAGCCAAAGAAUGUGUUUGGAAACUUCACAGUUGGUUUGUACUUCGAAGACAGCUCCAACCAGACCUCUCUACCUAUUAACAUUAAGUUUGGCAUCAUGGAGAUGCCAUGUCACAACAAUGGAACAUGCCAAGCCACUGGAAUAUACCCCUGUGAAGACACACACAGGACCCACAGCUUUGAUGCCUACUAUAGAUGUGUGUGUAGAGGAGGGUACCAGGGUAAAUACUGUACAGAGGAUGUGAACGAAUGUCUGAGUGACCCCUGUGUGCCUCCAUUUGUCUGUUACAAUGACCUGGACAGUUACCGCUGUGCCUGCCCCUCGGACAACCCCCACUGCGAGUUAGUUCUGUGGAUGGGGGUGGUCAUUGCCCUCAUUGUGGUCAUUAUCCUGGUACUCGGGGCUAUAGGCCUCUACAGAUACAGGAAACAGAGAGGGAAAGAGUACUUGAUAAAAAAAAGCUCAUCAGAACUGUCUCUUCCAUCAGUUUUGGAAAGUGACCAAGAUGAUUACACAGAAUCAGAGGAGGAAGAAUUUGGAGUUCGAGAAGACGACACUCAUUCACCUGCACCAAAAAUCAACUGGGCUGUUAACUUGGAUGAUGACAACUAUUCUGAAGAGGAUGAAACUUUUGUACAUCCUCCUCCAAUUCUUCACAGUCCACCUGACAUAGAAAUGCAGUACAAGAAAUUCUACCAGCGACACAGAAAAACCAGCUUCAAGCCUCUAAUACCAGGACUACUCGGCCAGGAAGACUUCUCCCCGUCCAACACGAGGAGAAACUCCCUCCGGAACAGGAGAGUGGCCCCAGAACCAAUCCUGACCACUGACGCGGUGGUGUCUGCUGGUCCCAAGGACAGGGAAUACAUAGAGGAAAACUUCAACACCCCUACCGACAGUGAUACGCCCAUCCAGGGAACAACAACCUUGAAGGAAAACAGGAGAGGAAGCACCCCCUCAAAUGAGGAUCCGUCCUCCAGCCCGGGGUCGCCGGCUCCCACAGAGGACACCAGGGAGAAUGGCGUCCAGUCCCCAGUUGAUCCCGACCACUUCACCACCAGACUGGCAUGGAAGUCGGAUGUAGAUGAGGAAAACUGUGAGGAACAGUCUGAAGUGUGAAUAUAUACACGUAAUGUGACCAUGAUAAAAGUUACCCCUGGUAUACAUAUGACUGGUCACAUUGAGACAUUUUUAAUUUGACGUUUUUUAAAAGAAUAUCUUCAAAAUUCGUAGUUGUAUGGAAUUUUCACUUUUUCAAAAUACAUGAGUUUUUUUUUCUCUUAUUUGUUUUUUUUGCUUUGACUGUAGUAGAGUUUUUUAAAAUAAAAAUUGUAUUUGUCUGUAAAAGUGUUUACUUUUUUUUUUUUUUUUUUCUUUUUUUUUAAUUGGGUUUUUCAUUUCACAACAUAUGUACAUAUGUAACAUAAUAAUGAUUGGAACGUUUAUAUAAACAUAUUACAUAGUCUUUAUACUAUUUCUACUUAAUAGUACAGUUUUGUAUAUUUCAUAUGAAGUGAAGCUGAUUUUGAGAGAGAGAGAGAGAGAGAGAGAGAGAGAGAGAGAGAGAGAGAGAGAGAGAGAGAGAGAGAGAGAGAGAGAUUAUGCAGGUGGAUUACAAUACAAGUAUAGACUAUGCUAUA